AUGGCUGGACUCGAGUCUCCCAACGAGCGGGUUUCGUUUCUAUCGCGUGCGAUCGAGGCAAUCCAGGAACGCCUUCAAGUCAUCGAAAAGGCCUUUCUGGAUGUCUCAGAUAAGCCCAAAAACCCAAAUGAUGCAUCUCCCCACUCCAUCGCAACGAAUCAUGAGUCUCCCGCAAGUUUCACUACAUUCGAAGAAGACUCUUCGUUUAUCAAGGAGACAUCAGAAGCGAGCAGAUCUGCGACUAUCACCACGCCAUUGUGCGGCGUCACGAGUAGCUGGACCGACCAUGGUCAACUGGAACGUCUUUGCCAGAAGAUAUACUUUCCAGUUAGAGAAGUCCCCUCGGAGUCGAUGGCCUUGAUGCAUGGAAUGCUAUUUAACGUCAUCCAAGAGUUCUCUCAGCACAACAAUCCAGUCUUUGCUGCGUACAAUCUCAACGACUGCGCCGAUCAAUGCAAGAGGAAUUUCGAUCAAUAUUUAGAGCGCUAUGAAGGCCUGGUGAUACCGACACUCGAGAACAUCCAGACUGUUUCCAUGGCCGCAUCGAGGGCCCAAGACUACCUCUACGUAGUCAAUAAGACCCUAUCCCUUGUGUUGGGGCAAAGUUCCAAUUUUAACGAUAAUGACAUCGACGUUGAGCCAUUUUCGAUUUCUGAGAACCUAAAGCACUGGCCCUGGGACUUGUACACUAAUAUCACUAUCCGAUUCGCAAAGAUACAAGGUGAGGUCUAUGAUAAGCUCUACUCAACAAGCACAGCCAAGCACUCUCAGCGCGAACGAUCACAUAUCACCCAAGACCUAGCUAUGCGGAUAACAAGCCUGCGAGAAGAGCUGCAGUCGCUCAAAGCAUCCGACGCUUGCUAUUCCGACGUGCUGCAAAUGGCGAUGGAGAGCGCUGACCUUAUCACCUACGCCGUCCUAACGGUAGUGUACCGGGCUGAACUGGGCUUUGUUGACUCUGUCGAGAUAUCUUCACGGUGCUACAACGCUGUGAAAUUCAGUCUUGAGAGCCACCUUAAGUGCUUCACCAGCCUUGACACUCUCCUGUACCCAUCCCUUACACCCUAUGUCAUCGUUUUCACACAUGCCAUAGCUACAUCCGACGAAAUUGGCAUCGCACUCCUUCAGGACACGGUGAAACCUCUCGCCCGCCUUCAAGACCUUUCUCCAGGCUCCCGUCGUCUCUAUGAAGUAUGCCGGUCCUUUCUGAACGCUGCAGAAGCCAUCAUUAGCUCACAAAGAACGGUUGAUGGUCUGGAACAAAACGAGAAUGGCUCACUGAUCUUCACCAAGAACUCUUCUGAAACUCGGUCUUAUGGGCUGGGUUUCAAUGAGGGACUGCCUGCAACCUGGAGUGACGAUGCGAGCUUUGGUACUGUGGCAUCUGGCUCUUACAAUGGCUCCAACUCGGAUACAUUGCAGUUUUGGUCCAGUUGGCUUGGAUCAACUCAAUUCAUCACAGAUGCAUUGCAAUUGGACUUUACGGACGGCGGGUUGGGAGGGGCGUCUUACGAAGAAUAUUGGAGCUGA